UUUCGCGAUAUGAAGACUUGUUUUGGAUGGUUUUUUUUGCUCCUGAGCCACGCUAGGGCCUACCGCUUUCUGGACGAAACCUGUGGAGCUUGGCCCACCAACAAGGCCCCCAGUUCUGGCUGGUUGGCAACCAUCAGUAAUGCCACACAUCUUCAGUGUCACGGGACCCUGAUUAACAGACGCUUCGUUUUAACUUCUGCUCUUUGCAUAUAUCUUCCUGGAACUAAAAUUGUGGAGUUCGGAUCGGCUAAAUAUAGUGUCAGCCGGUUGGUGGUGCACAAAAAAUAUCUACAACAUGAUAUAGGCCUGGUGAAACUGUCAAGCAGCGUCGAAUUCAAUCCCUUCAUAUACCCAAUAUGUAUCAUAUUGGAUCAAGAAAAAAACAAGUAUGUAAGGAACACGCCAAGGUUCAAAGCUGUUGCAUGGAGCCCAAACUAUAAUGCUCUUCAAGUCAUAGAGCUUAAAGAGGUAUAUAGCUCAUAUCCGACUCAAAUUUUUGCUACCAGUUUCUCUAAGCGAACGAACUGUUACCUAGAGCUUGGGGGUCCGCUGGCACAAUAUAUCUUUUUUGGUAAUUCGCAACGGGCAGUUCAGUUUGGCAUCCGAAGCUAUGGGGGAAAGGGCUGCAACGAGAACGGGGCUUAUACCAAUCUUGAAAACUACGCCGGAUGGAUUGAGGAAACAGUAAAAAAAUUCAGUACCGAGGAUCAAAGGCCUGAGCAGCCGCCAGACCAGGGCAUAUGGCUCUAUGAGGACUGUGGCGGUAAUACCUUAUCAUCGAAACUACGGGCUUUUAUUUAUGCCCCCCAUUUCUCGGCACAGGGAUGGUUUAUCACAGACAGAUUUGUCAUCACAAAUGCCAAUGCCCUACCCGACGACGCUUCCUCUCUAGAUGUGGGCUUGGCCGGAACCCCCAGGUCCUACGACGAAUUCAGAGUACUUUCCAUAUUCCAGCACCCCGGGUACUCGCAAUACUACCAAAAUGAUAUAGCCUUACUCAAACUGAAUCGGCCGGUGACCAUAGGCAAGCUGAGCCCUGUAUGCAUGCUAGCCCAGAAGGAACAUCAAGAGGAGGUCGAAUCAAGUUCGCCCUUAACUGCGUUUGACUUUGUUCAAACUGAGAAUCACAUAACUAUCUUUGAAAAAAAUGUUUCACUUAUUGAGUCCCGCAAAUGCUCCCACCUAACCUCGGCCCCAAUAGACCAGAACCAACUCUGUGUGGGAGCUCCGCGAGGAACGAGUCCUCAUUACGGAAAUAGUGGCGACGUAUUGAUAAAAAAGGUAAUGUACAAGGCAAAGGAAUGGUUCGUGCUGCUGGGUAUUGCCAGUUAUUCAUCCAAUGGCGUACAAGUUUUCACGAACGUUGUACGACAUACUGAUUGGAUAACCCAGGUAAUUGCCUCCAAUUAAAAACAGUAAGACAUCCUUAAAGAGAUGAUAUAAAGGAAUUGUAACAUUACAAUGGCUUUAAGAUGUUUGCAAAGAGGAAAAUAAAUUGCGCUCUACUGACAUACUCCUGAGAAGACAAGGCUAUAUGUGAUAUGCUCUCAAGG